CACAACGUUCCAAUUUACUGUCGUUAUAUGUUUUUGUGUUUAGUUUGAUCAUCAUGUUUUGUUUUCUCAAAUUCUUGUAGAGUAUUCACAGUUCUUGAUGUCUCAACCCUGUAUUUGAUUGAAGAAACUACGCCCUACAAAUGACCAUAUUUGGAAAUUCUCACAGCCUAGCACCAUGGAUCUACAAAUUACAGCUAAGCUUGCUGAUUGUAACUGGAAUUAUGGUAUUUCUAAAUCUAGACAAAUUAACAGUGAUCACUGGAGGUUCUCUUGAAUACUCAAACUCUGAAGCUCCUGACGAGCGCUUCAAGAUUAUCGAGUACGAAAAACUUCUUGAAGAAGUUGAUCAGAAGAAAGAGAAAUAUUUCAUGGUGGUAGCUAUCCCUACUAUGCCUGGUUACUCCGCCAAACGAGCAGCUAUCAGGAGUACCUGGGCGAACGCUUCAAGAUGGGCCAAUCUCAAGGAUACAGAGGAACACUUCAAACGAAUCAAAAUAAUGUUCAUUCUGGGAGACACACAAUUUGAGACUGAGUCAGAAGAAUUUAAGAAAGAGAUGAAAGAGUACAAUGAUAUGUACAUUAUAAACGGUUUGGCAGAAGGUCGGAUCGUUCUGAAAUACAAGGUUCUCUGGGGCUUAAAACGGAGUUUAACGUUUGACUACGACUACUUUGUCAAAACAGACGAUGAUAUUUUCGUGAACCUGCCGCUGAUGAUCAUGUCCCUGAUGGCAUCCUCACGUGACCGCCUGUACACAGGUAGCUGUAUGCACGUGUACGGAGGGUGGGGGAACUACCCGCGCUGGUUGUACUGUUCAGGGGGAGGCUAUAUCCUGUCACGUGAUGUGGUGGAAGAGAUUCAGAAACUUCCAGAACGAGUUCACCAUGCCCCGUUCAGGCCGGAGGACGCGUACACGGGGUGGUUAGUACACUGUCUGGACGAGGUUAAUGAUUUUAAGGUUAAGGUUUUCACUCAAGGGUUGCUGAAAGUGGGGUCCUACAAAUGUGGACCAUUUACCCACACAUGGUUCUAUCAUCAUGUAAUGUAUAGUAAUAUGGAGAAGUUUUUUCAGAAGAUUGAUAAGAAUAUUUAUGAUUUGUGUCCCUGACAUCAAGCCCAAAUGUUAUUAAUUAAUGCUUUAUCGAAUAUUUUGUAAGCAGGUGCGAUAUAAUCUAGGAUCUGCCAGAUCGAGAAUUUUACCAUGAAAAUUUCAAGAUUAAUUGAAAUUUGAAUCAAUAAAAUAAUUGUUGAAAUAUUUUAAAUCGUAAGUUGAAAUGAUGCUAA